AUGAACUCAAAGGACCCCAAGAAGUGCCCCCAGUGUAAGAAGAGUAGAAACAAGGCCCAGGAAGAAUUUGCCAGGAAGUUUCCGUACAGGUUCUCCUGGCUGACGGAACCCACUACAGAGUUCCUGCAGCCCUGGGAGGUCACGAAGAUGACCACCUCACUGAGGGACCAGCUGCCCCUGCAGAAGACGCUGGUGCCAACGAGAUCCAUCCCAGUCAGAGGACUUGGGGCCCCAGAUUUUACAUCAUCGUCCUGCUUGUACCCUCCACCACCACCGCCACCUCAGAGCCAACUUUGGGAACUCAAGCUAGUGAGCCGCCGCUUCCCCGGGCCAGACUAUGCAGCCAGUGGCCGAGGCCGGCAGAUGCAGCCGGCUGAGACCCCCAAGCGGAAUAACGCAUGA